AUGUCUACAGGUCCUCAAGUGUGUUCCUUUUCUGGCGAUCUGCGGAGAGUAGAUCAUUCUGGCCAUUUCGAGUUCUGUGGCUCUUGGGGAACAGGUGCCAUGAUGGUCGGAUUUCCGUUGCUGAUGUAUUACAUGUGGAUCGGUGCAACAUUCUACAAAGGACACUUCCCGGCACCUACUUCCACUCAGUCUUUUGCCAGCUUCUGCAGACACCUGGCGAAUUUGGUAUACGAGCAUGCAUUUCCAACUUUGCGAGCCUGGAAGAUCUACUGGUCGUUCUUCCUCGUUGAAUCCGCGUUUUACUGCUUCCUCCCUGGCGUUCAAGGUUUUGGAAAGCCUCUAGAUCACGAAGGAGGAAAACAGCUCAAGUACCAUUGCAGUGCCGUCUGGUCUUUUUAUAUCACCAUCCUACUCACUGCAGGUUUACAUUGCACAGGACUCUUCAAGCUCUACACUAUCAUAGACGAAUUUGGUCCGAUACUCUCAGUCGCCAUUCUUUCGGGGUUUCUCGUGGCGAUUGUUGCAUACAUCUCUGCCCGGAGUCGCGAUGCUCAACACAGAAUGACUGGGUACUUUGUGUAUGACUUUUUCAUGGGAUCUGAGUUGAACCCCAGAAUCGGUCCCCUCGAUUUCAAGAUGUUUUUCAUGGUUCGCAUCCCGUGGUUUAUUUUGUUUGCAAUAUCCUGUGCUACGGCCGCCAAACAGUAUGAGUUUUAUGGACAUGUUUCUGCAGAAGUCGUGUUCUUGGUUGGAGCUCAUUUCUUCUACACGAAUGCAUGUGCGAAGGGUGAGGAAUGUAUCAUGACGACUUGGGACAUUUACUAUGAGAAAUGGGGCUUCAUGCUCAUCUUCUGGAACUUGGCUGGAGUCCCUUUCAGUUAUUGCCACUGCACGCUUUACUUCGCCAAUCACCUCGACACUUCAUCAGACUGGUCCAUUCCCGCGAUGCGAACUCCAGCUCUGAUCAUUCUCUUCACAUCAUACCUCUUCGUAUAUUGGAUUUGGGACACCACCGGUAGCCAAAAGAAUAGGUUCAGAGCACGAGAACGUGGAAAAUUUGUGCCGAGGAAAACAUUUCCCCAACUCCCAUGGCAAACACUUCAAAAUCCUCGAAUUAUCACAACCAAAAAUGGCGAUACGAUUCUUGUCGAUGGCUGGUAUGGAUAUACUCGGAAAAUACACUAUACUUGCGAUGUCUACUUUGCGCUUUCUUGGGGCGUGGUGACUGGAUUUGACAGCCCCUUUCCUUGGUUUUAUCCAGUUUUCUUUACGGUAAUGAUCUUGCACCGAGCUCGCAGAGAUAUCCAGAGGUGCAGAGCAAAAUAUGGGGAGAGCUGGACCGAGUAUGAGAAGCUUGUUCCCUACUUGUUUAUGCCGUAUGUUAUCUAGUUUCAACUGCAGGGGUGGGAUCGACUAUCGGACAUUAUACUUGUUUGGUAAUAGGACGCGAACGUGGAAGAAGAGACAGCAAAUCGCAUUGAAUGUUGUACGAAGCACGGCGUGGGUUGAAUGAGGGGUUGUUAUUAGGAAAUUAUGCUGCAAGACGUAAGAACUGAAUAGCUGGUACUUGGAGUAUCGCCAUCCUUUUGAAACUAUGCAACUUUAAGAGCAUGACUUCUAUGUCUGGCAAAUAAUUGUGCCGCUCAAACU